GCACACUUGGCGAACAUGCAUUCAUGAUUCUGAAAAGCCACAAUGCAAUGCUUUUGUCUUGGUAUAGACAUUUUGCCCUGCCCAACGUUCGGUGAAGGCCGAAUUUUGGUACGGCUGAGGUAUAUAACGACCACUCGGGUGUUUCUGGGCAUUUGGGAUUUCGGGUAAACUCGCCCAAUGCGGAUGUAAUGGUAUGCAGAAUCUUCGUCAGUGGAUGGUCGUGGCUCAAUGUCUUGAGAAGCAGAGUAGAUAUAUAAAGAGACAACGACAUGCAGGUUCGUUGGAAACCAUCAAGCAAGCAAAGCAGUUCAACAGCCUCUUCCAACGCUUACAAAGCUUUCUUAUAUCAUUAUCAUUAUGCGCACUCAAUUCCUUGUCGGUGCAGCUCUUGCUGUCACUGCUGCUGCUUCACCUGUCAUCAAGAACAGAGAAGUCACCACUGUGACCGUCUCCGGUAGCACGGCAACCUCAUAUCCCCAGCCCGCCUCUGAGAUUCAAGGCUUCCCUAUCCACCAAUCUUGCAAUGGCACCGAAAAAAGACAGCUCGAAAAGGCACUCGGUGAUACCAUCAAGAUCGCUCAACAAGCCACUCAGCAUAUCUACGCUCACGGCAAUGACUCUGCCCUCUACACCAAGUACUUUGGCCAAGCACCUACUGCUGAAGUAAUCGGCUGGUAUGAGAAGCUCAUCCACGGUGACCACGAACGUGUUCUCUUCCGCUGCGACGACAUUGACAGAAACUGCCACCAAGAAGGCUGGGGCGGCCACUGGCGCGGCGAAAACGCAACCGACGAAACAGUAAUCUGCCCCCUCAGCUACUCCACCCGCCAACCCCUCGAAGCCCUCUGCUCAGGCGGCUACACCGUAGCUUCCGGAAAACUAAACCACUACUUCGCCGCCGACUUGAUGCACAGACUUUUCCACACCACAAAGAUUGGCGAAGGUGCUGCAGAGCAUUAUGCUGAUUCAUACACCGAGUGUCUGGAGUUGGCUGAAGAGAACCCUGCCGAAGCUGUAAGAAAUACGCACACGUUGCAGUAUUUUGCGCUGGACGUUUAUGCUAUGGAUGUUGCGUUGCCUGGGGAGGGUUGUACUGGUACAGUUGGAGAAGAGGAGGGUGAUUCACAUGCUGCUGCGACUGCUUCUUCGGCUGCCUCUUCUGCCGUGUCUUCUGCUUCUGCUAGCACUACCGCCGCUGCCACCAGUACUUCGGCUCAAGCUGCUUCCCAAACCGCCUCGAAGACAUCGAGCGCUGCUGCUGAAUGCCACACCCACGCUGACGGUGUCGUGCACUGUGUCUAAGCACAUUCAAAUAGAACACUAAGCGAAAGAAUGACAUUCCUUUGGGGUGUAGGAGAAAGUGUACGGGCUUUCAUGACUGACAUAUGAACUGGCUGUGUAAUGAUGAUUUCAAGGAGGAUACAAGUGGGAUUUAUGAUAUAUACGCGAGAGAGGAAUGAAGAAACAUGAUUUCAAAG